GGACUGUAGUCUAUAUUUCUCAUGUAGUGUGUAUUUAUUUCUUCUGAAAAAUUCUAUUAUAUAGCAAACAAUUGUACAGGGAAAGUUGAGAAAAAAAUUGAAGUCAGGGGCUUUGGGCAACAAUCGAACAGUUCGAGUCGGCAUUACCGACUCGACGGACACGAGUUUGAGCAAGUUCCUGGAGUUGGUGCUGGAUAGGGAAGCCUGGCGUGCUGCAGUCCAUGGGGUCGCAGAGUCGGACACGACUGUUCAGGAGCUGAACUGACUUGAGUCAGUCCGAUUACCGAUUGGACAGUCCCGGUCGCCUUUUGUCCAAUCAGCUUCUGACUCGCUCUAUAAAUAUGUGUCUAAACGGCUUUCUUUAAACCUGCUGACACUAUGGCUCGUACCAAGCAGACCGCUCGGAAGUCCACCGGCGGCAAGGCGCCGCGCAAGCAGCUCGCCACGAAGGCGGCUCGCAAGAGCGCGCCGGCCACAGGCGGCGUGAAGAAGCCGCACCGUUAUCGGCCCGGCACGGUAGCUCUGCGCGAGAUUCGCCGCUACCAGAAAUCCACUGAGCUGCUGAUUCGCAAGCUGCCGUUCCAGCGGCUGGUGCGCGAGAUCGCUCAGGACUUCAAAACCGACCUGCGCUUUCAGAGCUCGGCGGUGAUGGCGCUGCAGGAGGCGUGCGAGGCCUACCUGGUCGGGCUCUUCGAGGACACCAAUCUCUGCGCCAUCCACGCUAAGCGCGUCACCAUCAUGCCCAAGGACAUCCAGCUUGCUCGCCGCAUCCGCGGGGAGAGGGCGUGAGCCAGGACGUUUCUCCUCAACCCCAAAGGCUCUUUUCAGAGCCGCCCACAUAGACAAUGAAAAAGGACUGUUACCUUGCUGUUUACUUCUGGUAUCUCUUGUGGCAGAAACUGUUAGGCUUUUCUAAACUUAUAAUUUUGCUCACCGAUGUUAUGCUAGUCGUGUUUCUGAGUGGCGUUGUGAAACGUAGGGCCUAUGAUUACCACGUGGAAUUUGUGUCAUGCUAACAUUCUGCACCUUAAGAGAGAAGUACUGAAAGUCUCCCUUCCCAGGAAUCAGUCUUUAUAUGGAAAGGGAGAUGUCUGAUUCAAAGUAUUUACGCUUCCUCCUUCCCCCAGUCCCGGGCACGUGUAAGGCCAACCUUUAAUCAGUGUAAAUUUUUGAGUGUGUAAGCCAGGCCUUCUGGGUUCGGGAACAGAUACCAAGUCGAGAGGGGCCCAGGACAGAUGCCCUUUCUGCUGGCUGGGUAGGGCACCCUCACUUCAAUAUACGCAGUUAUUAUUCCUAAUUUAUCAGUUUUCAUUUGAAGA